AUGGCUAUUACAGGAUCCUUAACCAAGAAAGCAACAGCAAGCAACAAUCUUGUUCCUGUCCUGCCUGCAGAAGUUAUUGAAUGGGAGAUACUGCCUAGACUCUCCGUAAAAUCACUUUCGCAAUAUAAAUCUGUUUGUAAAUCCUGGAAUUUGCGUAUCUCAACCGACCAUAAUUUCAUCAAGUCGCAGCUUCAUCAUAGCGACCUCAGCAGAGCCUCUCUCAUACUGCAUCAAGAAGUAGGUCAUGAAAAUUACUUUAACUCUUAUAUAGUUGGCUGCAUUAAUGGAUUAGUAUGUGUCUUCCGUUGGCACGCGGAUGCUUCAAAAGAAUUAGAAAUUGCGGUUUGGAAUCCUGCCACAAAUCUGUGCUUGGUGAUACCACCUCUUCCGAAGAGAAGUGUUAGAAGAUGUAAUGUCAUUUCAGGAUUUGGUUAUGAUUCUGUGGAGAAUGAUUUUAAGGUAAUGUAUGGUUCCCUGAUUGAAGAAAAACCAUUAGCAGUUGAUGUAUAUUCAUGCAAAGCUGCUUGCUGGAAGAAAAUUGCUCCAUCCAACAUACUUUACCGCGGGAAAAUUUCUCAAAAAUGGAAGCCAAUAAUUUUCAAUGGAUCUCCUUUUUGGUUGAUUCAGAAGAGGCAGGACGUGGAAAUCAGUCUGGUUGUGAUAUCGUUUGAUGUUCGGGUCGAGGUUUUCAGGUUGCUGCCUAGUUUCAGUUGUAUGGACAAUAACAACUUUAAAAGAUUUGUUCUCAUGAAUUUCAUGGAUUCUUUUGCGAUCAUGGUCUAUGACGUGCGAAUGCAUUCUGUAGAACCAAUUGAUGCUUAUAUUUUUAAUCAGAUAAGUAGUGUUUGGAACAAGAAGAUAUCUAUUGGACCAAUUAUAUGUAAAGAGCCGGAUAUUAAGUUGAAGGAGAUUGCUAUUGGAACAUUUAUAAGAAUACCUGAGACUAUUAUGUUGCAUAGCAUAAUACUGUGUUCUAGGAAUGGUGACAUUCUUUUUCUGAAUGCCCGUAGUUGCAGAUUAUAUGGCGUCAAUCCUAAAACCCAUACAAUCAAAUUACUUAAGGACGGCUCAUUUGCAGAACGGAUAUAUAAUUGUUUAAACUACUCUGAGAGCCUGAGUUUUGUUGAGGGGAUGAAGCCCCUUUCCGACAAAAGAUAUGGAGGCAAUUUCAUAUUUCUUCACAAAGAGACACUAGAGCUUGCCCCUAGUUAUCAAUAUAUAUGA